AUGGGGAACUCGUUGAAAACUCCGUCCGAGUGUUUUGAAUUCAUUUUACCACCUUGUGUUAUCGUUUCGAUUAAAACGGGAGACACGACAAGCGCCGGGCUACAUAAUACAGCAUAUCUUCAACUGACCGAUCAGUUGGGCCACGAAUCUGAAGAAAUCUUACUCCAAGGCUGUUCCCUAACUGUUUUCAAGAAGGGACACACGGAUGCAUUUCGGAUCACAAAAUUGCCGUUCAAUUUCGGCACUGUGAAAAAGGUAAAACUAUUUCGAAAGGAAACGAAACAGAACAUCGUCGAAUGGUAUGUGGAGAAGAUUGAAAUUCGUUAUCAUAAAAUAGCCGGCCCUGAAGGAUUGCUGGUCUUUCCGUGCAAUCGCUGGCUUCGCAAUGAUAAAGCGAUCGUUCUAAGGUUGUAUGAUUCAUGUUUGCCUCAGCUCGACGAAGAUUCGUAUCAGAGAGACGCGGAAUUGUUUUCCAAGCGAGCAAAGUAUCGCUAUUGUCAAGGCAUCUCUGGUUUGCCUCCUAGGGUAGGUUGGAGUCUAAUUUGUUAUUAUGUUAAGUUUUGGUAGGGUUGUCCGUAAAUGAGUCUGGUAAGUUGGCCGGACACCAGUUCAAUUGUUACAUUCUUGUAAUUGAUUUGUGACAAUAUUGGUCUAUAAAGCAAGUUACUACUCUCGUAAGUACUAGAAUGAUGUGUUUUCUUUCUGAUUUUAUAGUUGAAAAAGUUUCCAAAGAAUGAAGUGUUUAGUACGAAUUUUAAGGUAUAUUACUAAUUCUAAUAACGGCAAAUAUACUGAAUGUUUUUACUGAUAAACAUUGUCCACAAGCAAAAUCCACAACUUCGAAAUGUGCCGGCAAAAAGGCAUUGUAUUUUCCGAGGUUUUGAGAGCUAAAUAUUUUCAAAAUGCCUGUGUUUUUAAGGAUGCAAAAUACCGGCUAAUUUGAUUUUCUUGAUUUUAGUGGGAUAUUUCUCUGCGUCGGGACAAACUUUUUGCUCGAUAUAACUUGGUCAGUUUUGAGAAAAUACCUUGGCAUGAUUUUUACGAGUUUGAUGGAAUCUACAGAACUCUGGGCGAGCCAAUGGUAAGCAGAACUGUGCUCUGAUAUAUCGUCGAUAUUAUCGAUCAUUCAAUUGAGACGCUGACCAAGUUCCUUUCCUGCAAUGUGCAGGAAUACCACCAAUCCACCAUUACCACAAUCAUCACCAUCAUCAGUAACAAGUCAACAACCUCAAUACCACCAUUCAGUGACGGAAAUUUACUUUUUCCGGUGGGGGGCGAAGCCUUCUAAGUUUCCGACAAAACUUUCAAAUUUCCGACAACCCCCCCCCCAUUUGCACUAGAAUAGGCUGUUUUUAGCCCUUUUAUAGGUCAAAAUUUCCGAAAAUUCGUCAUUUUCCACGAAGGUGGGGGCGGCCGCCCCGCCCCACCGAGAUUUCCACCACUACCACCAUUACGACAAUCAUCACUGCCAAGCCAACCAUCACCACCGACAUCACUAAUCACCACCACCCACCAUAACCACCAUCAUCACUAACAAGUCAACAACCUCAAUACCACCAAUCCACUAUUACCACAAUCAUCACUGUCAAGGCCACCGACAUCACUAUCACCACCACCCACCAUCACUCACCAUCAUCACUAACAUUAAGUCAAUAACCUCAAUACCACUGUUACACACCAUCAUCACCACCCAACAUCACCAUCAUCACUAACAUUGUCAACAACAUCAAUACCACCAAUCCAUCAUUACCACAGCCAUCCCCACCAUCACCAUCACUCACCAUCAUCACUAACAUUAAGUCAAUAAUCUCAAUACCACUGUUACCACAAUUAUCACCACCACCAACAAAGAACAAUACUUAGUCCUCCUGAAUGCGAGCUAUGAUAUUUAGUGGAGUCAUCACUCAGGCAGUCCAUAUCAUCUUCAUCUUGAAAAUUCCUGCCAUCUGCUACAUCCUGGUCAACUAAACGAGAAAGAUUAUAAUAGUGGUGUUAGUUGGUGUAUGUGCCUUCAAGCUCUGUGAGCGAGCUUCCACUUCUACAAUAUCCAGUUGUCUAAUUAUAAUUUCACCUCAGUCACAUGUGAGAAGCAGUUUCACUCUACCAAACACCGCAGGUUUUCUCUGGGUACUCCGGUUUCCUCUAAUAAGAGAUGAUCCUUACUGCACCUCUAGGAAGAAUAGUUUAGAACUGAUAGAGCUAUCCAGUAUAAAUAAAGUUAGUUCAGUUUAGGUUUCCUCCUGUAGUAACACUGGAUCAAUAAGAGAUGAUCCUUACUGGACCCCUAGGAAGAAUAGUUUGAAACUGAUAGAGCUAUCCAGUAUAAAUAAAGUUAGUUUAGUUUAGGUUUCCUCCUGUAGUAACACUGGAUCAAUAAGAGAUGAUCCUUACUGGACCUCUAGGAAGAAUAGUUUGAAACUGAUAGAGCUAUCCAGUACAAAUAAAGUUAGUUUAGUUUAGGUUUCCUCCUGUAGUAACACUGGAUCAAUAAAAGAUGACCCUUACUGGACCUCUAGGAAGAAUAGUUUGAAACUGAUAGAGCUAUCCAGUAUAAAUAAAGUUAGUUUAGUUUAGGUUUCAUCCUGUAGUAACACUGGAUCAAUAAGAGAUGAUCCUUACUGGACCUCUAGGAAGAACAGUUUAGAAGUGAUAGAGCUAUCCAGUAUAAAUAAAGUUAGUUUAGUUUAGGUUUCCUCCUGUAGUAACACUGGAUCAAUAAGAGAUGAACCUUACUGGACCUCUAGGAAGAACAGUUUAGAAGUGAUAGAGCUAUUCAGUAUAAAUAAAGUUAGUUUAGUUUAGGUUUCAUCCUGUAGUAACACUGGAUCAAUAAGAGAUGAUCCUUACUGGACCUCUAGGAAGAAUAAUUUGAAACUGAUAGAGCUAUCCAGUACAAAAUAAAGUUAGUUUAGCCUAGUCAUCUUUUUAAUUGCACUUUUGUUGUCAAAUUUAGUCCAAGAAUUUCUGGAUGGAUGACAUCUAUUUUGGUCGACAACGUUUGGCAGGGUGCAACCCGACUGUUAUCAAACUUUGUACAGAAAUCCCUCCGGGGUAGGUUUUGGUUGGUCAUUUGGUCAGGCGGUCAGUUCUACUCACUAAUCUUUAUUCGUUUCUCUGUUUCCAGGUUUCGUGUCACACCAAGCCAUGUUUAUCCCUUCCUGGAAGGAUUAAGUUUGGAUGCCGCGUUAAAAUCUCUGAGACUGUUUAUAGUUGACUAUAGCAUCUUUGAGAAAGCCGACGUGGACAGCGAACGAGCAGUAAGUUUUCACCAUUAGUUUAGCUAAAGAUUCCUCCUGUAGCAACACUGGAUCAUUAACGGAUGGCUCUUACUGGACCUCUAGGAAGAACAGUUUAGAACUGAUAGAGCUAUCCAGUAUAAACAAAGUUAGUUUAGUUUAGGUUUCCUCCUGUAGUAACACUGGAUCAAUAGGAGAUGAACUUUACUGGACUUCUAGGAAGAACAGUUUAGAACUGAUAGAGCUAUCCAGUAUAAAUAAAGUUAGUUUAGUUUAGGUUUCCUCCUGUAGUAACACUGGAUCAAUUAGAGAUGAUCCUUACUGGACCUCUAAGAAGAACAGUUUAGAACUGAUAGAGCUAUCCAGUAUAAACGAAGUUAGUUUAGUUUAGGUUUUCUCCUGUAGUAACACUGGAUCAAUAAGAGAUGGCUCUUACUAGAACUCUAGAGAGAACAGCUGACAACUGAUAGAACUAUCCAGUGUAAAUAAAGUUUCUUUAUUUGAUUAUAGUCAUUUUGUCUUUUAGGUAAUCAGUCCGUACGCUCUUUUCUUUUUGAACAAGAAGCGAGACCUUGUUCCUGUAGCAAUCCAGUUGUUCGCACGUCGCAAGGAAAACAAUCCUGUAAGAUUUUAUAUUGAAUGCGAUAGAUUUUCACUUUAUUUUACCAUAUACUGAUCCGUUAAUGUUUUAUCCAUCCUUGUAGGUAUUUGUCCCAAGUGAUCCUAUAUACACCUGGACGAUUGCGAAAAUGUGGUUUAACAAUGCCGAUGCUGGAUAUCAUCGCGCAUGCGCACAUCUUGGUUUCAGUCAUCUUCUUUUGGAAAGCGUUGCCAUAGCAACACAUCGACAACUGUCGCCAUCACACCCAAUUUACCGACUGCUGGCUUCCUAUAUACAAUAUGUUAUUCCUAUAAAUAGGUAAGCUCAGAGUCGCCUAACGUAACCCACAACACUAUAGUGUACCAUACCAUAUUAUAUAAUACCUUAUUGAAUUCUGAUCGUUUAAUUGGCUGUUUAUGGUCACGUGAUAUUGAAUAGAAAAUUCCAUUUCCCAAGAGUGCAAUAGAAUGCUGUUCCAUUGCACCCUUGCGAGUGCAAUUGUACUAUACGUUUUAUUCCAUUGCACUCUUUGUGUUUUCGAUAAAUCGCAUCCGUCAAAAUGCUUCUCGUACGGUGAUCGCAGUUUAUUUUAACCCGAUAUUCGAAACUCAGUAAAUGGGAUUUAAUGCAAAUACGACUCGUCAAAAUGGCGAAAGCUUACAGUAAACCUUUUAAUAUUAGUCUAUUUUGGUAUUAUAUAAAACAAAUAAUGAAUGUUAUUAUUCGUGCAAUGGUAAGAAUAUUUUCAUUCGGUGAAAGAUGGUAUGUUCCAUUCAACUCGGCUGUCGCCUCGUUGAAUGGAACAUUCCAUCUUUCACCUCAUGAAAAUAUUCUUACCAUUGCACUCAUAAACAUUCAUUAUUUGUAUACCAUACCAUACCAUACCAUACCAUACCAUACCAUAUAUCAUACCAUAUCAUACCAUACUAUAUACCAUACCAUACCAUUCCAUACCAUACCAUAUCAUACCAUACCAUAUACCAUAUACCAUAUACCAUAUACCAUAUACCAUACCAUAUCAUACCAUAUACCAUAUACCAUAUACCAUACCAUACCAUACCAUAUCAUACCAUAUCAUAUACCAUAUACCAUACCAUACCAUAUCAUACCAUACCAUAUACCAUAUACCAUACCAUACCAUAUCAUACCAUACCAUAUACCAUAUACCAUACCAUACCAUAUCAUACCAUAUCAUAUACCAUAUACCAUACCAUAUCAUAUACCAUACCAUAUACCAUACCACACCAUACCAUACCACACCAUACCAUACCAUAUCAUACCAUACCAUACCAUACUAUACUAUACCAUACCACACCACACCAUACCAUACCAUACCAUACCAUACCAUACCAUACCAUAUCAUAUACCAUACCAUAUCCCAUACCAUACCGUACCAUACCAUACCAUACCACACCAUACCACACCAUACCAUACCAUACCAUACCAUACCAUACCAUAUCAUAUCAUAUCAUACCAUAUCACCAUACCAUACCAUACCAUACCACAAGAAUCUCGUAUUUUGCUGUCAACUCAAAAGUGCCAUUUUCUCUUUCAGUUUUGAAACGAAUCAAUUGAUUGCCUAUGAUGGUUGGUUAGACAACGCAACAAAUCUGGGAGUUUCUGGAAUUAUCAGUGUAUUUCAAGAAAUGUGGCCGUCAUGGCGACUAGAUCACCAAGGCUGUCUACCACAAGACUUGAAAGAUAGAGGCGUAAGUUCGUGGAAAUGUUUUGCGUGGUGUGAGGGUGACACAGUGGUUGCUACACGUGUCCUUCAUCUCUGGGACUAAGACUAAAUUUCUGCAAUAUGCAUGCAGUUAUGUGCUUGUAAAUCUGUAAUUUCUCUUCAGUCUCAUGGGAGAAGAAUGCUUCCAGUUUGACCCCCGCAAGUAACAGUAACUGCAGGGUUUUCAAGCAGAGUUAUUUUUCCUCAAUCUGGUCUACCUUAUAGCGCGAUUAUUUUCGAAAACGACGUACUUUUGCCAUCUUAAAUCUUGACGUUUUCUUGUUGAAGAAUGAAAGUAGUGAUACAUUAUAAUUUGGUUCCACAGCUCAGUUGCUAUCUAAUCAAUAUAUACUGUACAUGUGUCUGGUUACUUCUGUUUCCUUAACGUUUCGUUUCAAAUGUAUUAUUUUCAGGUGUUAGAUCUAAAGAUUCUACCAGAUUACCCGUACAGAGACGAUGGCUUACUCAUGCACACUGCUAUUGAGAAUCACGUCCGUAGAAUCGUCGAAAAAAAUUACUGUGAGUUUUAUAGACAUUCCCGAAUUUGCUUCACUGGACACGAAACAUGUAACUGUUUAAACUCGAGGUUGACGAUGUCAUUUUGUUUAUAGUUUGGUCAUUUGCUCCCUCAGUUUCGUUUGCACUCAGGAAAAUUCAGAAAGUGUCUUUAUUGUAACAGUACGUUUUUUUUGCUUUUGCAAAAGUGGUAAAGUCUUAUUCAUUAUGUCCACAGUUAAUGACGUUAUUUAUUUAACGGAAGAUUUUGAAAUGCAAGCAUGGGCCAACGAUCUGGUAGAGACAGAUCCACUACUUGGAUGUAACAUAAAGGUGACUAUGCUUAUUCUUUCUAUCCUUAUCUAAACGAAGUUUACGUUGUUUAUACUGGAUAGCUCUAUCAGUUCUAAACUGUUCUUUCUGGAGAUCCAGUAAGGAUCAUCUCUUAUUGAUCCAGUGUUACUACAGGAAGAAACCUAAACUAAACUAACUUUAUUUAUACUGGAUAGCUUUAUCAGUUCUAAACUGUUCUUGCUAGAGGUCCAGUAAGGAUCAUCUCUUAUUGAUCCAGUGUUACUACAGGAGGAAACCUAAACUAAACUAACUUUAUUCAUACUGGAUAGCUUUAUCAGUUCUAAACUGUUCUUCCUAGAGAUCAAGUAAGGAUCAUCUCUUAUUGAUCCAGUGUUACUACAGGAGGAAACCUAAACUAAACUAACUUUAUUCAUACUGGAUAGCUUUAUCAGUUCUAAACUGUUCUUCCUAGAGGUCCAGUAAGGAUCAUCUCUUAUUGAUCCAGUGUUACUACAGGAGGAAACCUAAACUAAACUAACUUUAUUUAUACUGGAUAACUCUAUCGGUUCUAAACUGUUCUUCCUAGAGGUUCAGUAAGGAUCAUCUCUUAUUGAUCCAGUGUUACUACAGGAGGAAACCUAAACUAAACUAACUUUAUUUAUACUGGAUAGCUCUAUCAGUUCUAAACUGUUCUUCCUAGAGGUCCAGUAAGGAUCAUCUCUUAUUGAUCCAGUGUUACUACAGGAGGAAACCUAAACUAAACUAACUUUAUUUAUACUGGAUAGCUCUAUCAGUUCUAAACUGUUCUUCCUAGAGGUUCAGUAAGGGUCAUCUCUUAUUGAUCCAGUGUUACUACAGGAGGAAACCUAAACUAAACUAACUUUAUUUAUACUGGAUAGCUCUAUCAGUUCUAAACUGUUCUUCCUAGAGGUUCAGUAAGGAUCAUCUCUUAUUGAUCCAGUGUUACUACAGGAGGAAACCUAAACUGAACUAACUUUAUUUAUACUGGAUAGCUCUAUCAGUUCUAAACUGUUCUUCCUAGAGGUCCACUAAGUUACUACAAGAGGAAACUGCGUUUGAUAGAGUCAAACUUUCUUAUCUUUCUAGGGAAUCCCGGGUGAAGGAAAAUUUGAAUCAUUUGAUGAACUUGUUAAAACUCUGACAUCAAUCAUAUUUAUGUGUACCGCUGGCCAUGCGGCAGUGAACUUGCCCCAGUAUGAUGAAUAUGGAUAUUCUCCUAACUACCCCACGUUACUGGUUGGCGAACCACCUUGCGAUACGGUAUGUGUGUUUGUUCUGAUGUCCAAAGCCGUGCUUAUACCUAGAGAUGCAUCAUCUGUCUGAUAGAUCAACUGUCUUAACGUAAACACGAGACGAACUAUCCAAAUGAACCAGUUAGAAUAACGUUACUAUACCAAUUCUGGGAACAAAUCUUGCCUGAUAGUUCCUGACAGUUUGUCUAUAAAUGUCGUAUCUAUACACACACAGACAGAUCAUUCACCAUGAUGAACUUUACCACGCAAAUUCAUCUAUCUAAACAUGACUAGCCCUGAUCAAAACGUGAACUGAUUGUUCAUCUUGACGGACUCGUCUUUUUGUUAGUUUGUUCAUUUCUUUGUUUGUUCUCCAGCGUUGGCGAGAUAAGCACGACGUGUUACGACAUCUUCCGACUAAAGAUCUAUGCUUGCAGUCCGUAAUUUAUGCCAAACUGAUGACGGAUCGCAAGACCAACGGACUGGCGGACUUUAAUGCCAAAUUCCAGUAUGAUCCAAUUGCAUUGAAAUCCGGUGAAUUGUAAGUAUGAACGAUGUUGGCAGCUGUUGAGUAUAAAUAAAGUUUGUUUAGUUUAGGUUUUCUUCUAUAAUAGCACUGGAUUAAUAAGAGAUUAUCCUUACUGGACCUCUAGGAAGAACAGUUUAGAACUGAUAGAGCUAUCCAGUAUAAAUAAAGUUAGUUUAGUUUAGGUUUCCUCCUGUAGUAACACUGGAUCAAUAAGAGAUGAUCUUUACCGGACCUCUGGGAAGAACACUUCAGAAUUGAUAGAGCUAUCCAGUAUAAACAAAGUUAGUUUGGUUUAGGUUUCUUCCUGUAAUAACAAUGGAUCAAUAAGAGAUGAUCCUUGCUGGAACUCUAGGAAGAACAGUUUAGAACUUGUAGAGGUAUCCAGUAUAAAGUAAAGUUGGUUUUGUUUAGGUUUCCUCCUGUAGUAACACUGGGUCAUUAAGAGACUUCUUGGAUCUUGGAAGAAUAGUUCAGAACUGGUAGAGCAAUCCAGUAUAUAAAUAACGAAUGUUUUCUUUUGUUUAAGGUUUUUGAAGGAUUUAAAAGACGCUGCUAUCACCGUGAUACAUCGAAAUCUUCUGCGUAAAUAUCCUUAUGAUUAUCUUAACCCUUGCAGCAGCAAAAAUUAA